AAGUUUCAUAGCAAAUCGACACUUUUCCAAGAAUCUUUCUACACAUAAAAGUUUCAUCUCAUAGAUUUUGGUGCUCCUAACCCGAGUGCAUUCUCUUGACCAUUAGCUCACCUACCGAUUUUUCCGCAAACCUCAGCCUUCAAAUCGACCUCACGACUGAUCACACAAACCAUGUUUAUCAUCUCCGAGUUCAACCCUCAGAUGUUGUCUUCGGAUGAUGAAUUCGAGGAUUCCAACUCGACGACUUCCUUCAACAUCAACGGCUCCAACGUUGUCACAUACAGAGGAAGAAUCAGAACUCUCCAGGAUGCUCUCAUAUUGCUCGAAGCUACUCGCUUGGAGAAGCUCCCCACCAUCAACAGAAGACUCACAACUAUCGAAAGAAACAAGUACAUAAAGCCCAACACCAUAUUCGUGUGGAAUGAAACCACAUGCGGUAUGAAGAGGUGGACCGACGGAAAGCUCUGGUCGGCCUCCAAAGUGUACAAUACUCAUUUCCUCAUGUACAAACAGUUGAACAAGUUCGACAAGAGAGUUGACCCUUCAGGCUUAAUUAAACAGUCAUUUUCACUCAUCACCAAACAAAACCAACGCCUACACUUGAUUGCAUACUUCGAAAACGACGGCGAGGAAACUCCCACAGUCCUUAGAAAGAAGAGAAAGUUGAUCAAGCUCAACUACUCUUCCUCAUCUUCCUCGGAAGAAGACAACUUUGAAGUGUUUGAUGACUCAAACUCCAAGGUAGCUGUCCCUUCGCAGGAUGCCAAGCUCAAAGAUAUCGUUCUCUCUACAGACGUUUACCACGACAACUUAUUGUUUGAAGUACCUCGUUCUCGUAGACAUCGCAAUGAAAACGGUCAGCCUCAAGUUAUCACUCCACCAGCUUCAACUUCACCAGCUCCCACACAAAAUGUGACUGCAUCAACGUUGAGCCAACCUAUUUCAUCCACUACUACCGCACUGAAUACAAGCAUUACUCGUGUCACCACACAAACACCAUUGCCAUCAUCUUUGUCGACGACAGUAGUGCCGACUGCAUCUCCCCCUCGUGAAUACACUUAUGCGAUGAAGCCAUUCACAACAUUACCACCACCUCCGAAGUCGAUCUCGAACUUCCGUGCAAACUACAGCCGUUGUGACAGCAGCACGUUAGAUGUGUUGGACAAGGGCUUUUCCAGUUGCUAGUACGCAUCAAUCUCAUAUCAUUACAUUCCACAUUACAUUACAUAGCAUUCAUUUGUUUCAUUAGCAUUUCUGGGUAACCGGAACUACAUUAGCACAACGACAAUACGGAGCACAUUCUGUGUGCUUGUAUUUAUUUUUAUUUAUUAUUACAUUAUACUUUUAGAGUAUAGAUAUGGUUUAGGCAAAAAAAUCAAUUGGUUUUCUUAUACACGUCGGCAGUAUGCACCGUUCUUUAGUUCUUUUUAAACACCUAUUUUGAUUGGUAAUUAGCUAUCUUACAAUAUAUUCUGUUGCAUUCC